AUGGAGGACCUAAAGAAGAGGAAGCUUGAAGAAACAGGCAACGGUCAAUUACAUGCGAGUCCUUCAGAGGAUGUAGAACAGUUGCGUUCGCUACUGGACCCACUUGCUAAAGCCCAAUUGGUGGAUCUCCUUGCUAAGCUGGGGUCUCAAUAUCCUUCUAUUGCUGAAGAAAUUAAAAAUGUUGCAAGCGCAGAUCCAGCCCACCGAAAGCUUUUUGUCCGCGGCUUAGCUUGGAAUACCACUUCAGAAGCUUUGUAUGCUGCAUUUGAAGUGCAUGGUGAAAUCGAAGAAGGAGCUGUGAUCACUGACAAAGCAUCAGGAAAAUCACGUGGCUAUGGAUUCAUCACUUACAAAGAUAUGCAGUCCGCUCAGAGAGCUUUGAGAGCACCUGGAAAAUUGAUUGAUGGUCGAAUGGCUGCUUGUAGCCUAGCUUCCGAGGGCUUGAGCAAUGUGAGUGCCACACCUGAUCUAACCCAGAGGAAGCUUUACAUUGGGGGCAUAUCGCCAGAAACAACAAGUGAGAUGCUGCUCAUCUUUUUCGGAAGGCAUGGUGAGAUAGAAGAGGGUUCAGUUGCAUAUGACAAAGACACAAACAAAUCACGGUAA